AUGCCCUUGUGGAGCUCCUGCAAAGGGGGCCACAAACUUUGCAGGAAGCAUUUGUUGAUGCCUAUUUCUGUGUCAUUGCAGGCGAAGGACAGCGAUGAUGAUGAUGAAGUCACUGUCAGUGUGGACCGGGACCGCUUCAUGGACGAGUUCUUUGAGCAGGUGGAAGAAAUUCGAGGGUUCAUUGAUAAAAUUUCGGAGAACGUGGAGGAAGUGAAAAGGAAGCACAGCGCCAUCCUUGCUUCGCCCAACCCUGAUGAGAAAACGAAAGAGGAGCUGGAAGAGCUGAUGUCUGACAUAAAGAAGACGGCAAACAAAGUGCGCUCCAAGCUAAAGAGUAUUGAGCAGAGUAUUGAACAAGAGGAAGGAUUGAACAGGUCAUCUGCUGACCUGCGGAUACGGAAAACUCAGCACUCGACACUGUCACGCAAGUUCGUGGAGGUGAUGUCCGAGUACAAUGCCACACAGACCGACUACCGGGAACGCUGCAAGGGCAGGAUUCAGAGGCAGCUGGAGAUCACUGGCAGGACCACCACCAGCGAGGAGCUGGAGGACAUGCUGGAGAGUGGCAACCCAGCCAUCUUCUCUUCCGGGAUCAUUAUGGAUUCAAACAUCACCAAGCAGGCACUGAAUGAGAUUGAGACACGGCACAGUGAGAUCAUCAAACUGGAGAACAGCAUCCGAGAGCUGCAUGACAUGUUCAUGGACAUGGCCAUGCUGGUGGAGAGCCAGGGCGAGAUGAUCGACCGCAUUGAAUACAACGUGGAGCACUCGGUGGACUAUGUGGAGCGUGCUGUGUCUGACACCAAAAAAGCGGUGAAGUACCAGAGCAAAGCCAGACGGAAGAAGAUCAUGAUCAUAAUCUGCUGCGUGAUCCUGGGUAUCGUCAUUGCCUCCACCUUCGGCGGCAUUUUCGGCUAGACUCACCCCACGGGACUCUUUGUGUGCGAUGGACGGAGCCACGCGUGCUGUGGGGCUGCAGCCACGCCGGAGCGAACCACGUAGCCCCGGAGCCUCCCAGCAGCAUUUCAGUUUCUAAUGCAUGGUUGUUUGUGAUGCUGUGUGUGCGGUGCAUCUGUGUGGAGGGAGUGCCGGCCCCGGGGCGCAGGCAGGGUGCAGGGGAUGGUGAUGGGCGCAAGGGGGACCCUGGCAGGGAACCCAAGCUCUCAUCACUGCUCCAGCCUGGGUGGCUGGCUGGGACCAGGUGGGGACAGAGGUGUCCUUAGGUGCUGCUGCUCCUCCUGUUCUGGGCAGUCUGUGUUAGUGACAGCUGAGGAUGAGGAGGGACUGACAAAGGGUGUUAGGGUUCCCUGGGAGCACAGUCAGCCUUCCUCAGCUUCCCCAUCACCUCCAGCCAGAGCUCUCAUGUCUGUCAGCUGCAUCUGUGCUUGCAAACUCCUUUCCUUGGGCUGCUUCUUUCACAGGCCCCUUCCCCAGGGGUGCACUCUGCCAGGCCCUGCCUCCCCCUGUCCCUGCCUGUCCCAUGGCCAUGUCAUCUAGGCAAGCCCUCACCCCAGUGUAGGUGCCAGGGGCUGGAUGUGCCACUGCUGGAGGUGGGUGCCUGAUGGAGCAGUGUGGGAUGAGGAGCUGCUGCUAGGGGCCAUCACAGGUGCUUGGGACCGGGGUCAGGCCACAUGGGGACCUGUGCUGCACUCUGAUGCUGGCCUGGCAGGGCAGGAGGGCACAGGUUCCACUGGCCGCCAGACCUGCACGAAAGCCUCAUCGUUCUCUUCUUAGGCCUGGCACAUGGUGGUCUCCUGCUGCCCCCAGGCCUGGGCUCUGGCUGUCAGGGUCUGGGGCUGAUGCCUGCAACCCCCAGCAGUGCUUGCCUGGGAGCAGGGCUGCUUCCAGUCACUUCUCCACAUUGGCACCCAUAGCUGGGGGCUGGAGGCAGUUGGGCUUUCUCCUGUUGUGAUCCCAGGAGCAGCCCUUAUUGCAUCCAGCCCCUUGCAAGUUAGGAGCAGCAGCCUUUCUCCUCCUCCAUCCUUCCAGCUCCUGAGCAGGGCAGUGCCUGACUGCCCCUUCCAUCUCUUUACCACCUCUUGGCACCCGCCUGCCCCUGCUACCUCCUGUCUGCCUGCUCAUCCAGUGAGGCACCCACACUCAGUGGGGUGCUGUGGGAGCACAUGGGUGCCCUGUGUCGUCUGCAACACCCACCACAUGGACACAGCUGCAGUGGGGUGGUCUGGGGCUGCCAGCAGCAUGGAGGGGCUCUGUGUGGUCACUGUCCUCUCCUCAGGCUGAGGGCAGGGCUCUGCCAUCACAUUCCUCUGGAGACACCAAGGCUCCAGCUGGGCCACGCACAUGCCAAAGCCACCACAGAGGAUCCCAGAGCAGGGUAGGUACCUGGGGCUAAGCUUACAGCCACACACUUGGGCAGGGGGCUGGACCUGAGCCGAGAUGCUGGGUAGCAGAAAAUGGACCCCUGAUGGCAGCAAGGACUCCUCCAGUUGCAGGCAGCGUGUCACCUCCCUGCUCUGAGUGGGUGAGAGCAGGGCUGCUCCACCCUGGCCAGGUGCCGUAGCACAGGCAGUGGCCCCAUGUGUGGUGUCCGUGGGUGCAGGGUGAAAGGCAGCAGGCUGUAGCCAAGACACAGCACCACCUUCCCCAGGUGCAACCCUGCCCAGCAGCAACCCAGGCAUGGCUCUCCCUGCCACUGUUAUCCGAGGUCCCCCAAUACAGGCCCUGGUUGCAUUCAGAUGCCAUUGGGAAGCGUGUCCAGCCCAGUCCCCUGCCCUGCCCAGUCCAAACCCCAGUGGGUGCAGCCAUGAGAACAUCCCAGACCGGAGCCCCCUUCUCUCACAAGUCCCACAACUGAAGUGAGCUCCAGCACCUGUGAGCCUGUGUGCGCAAAAGGGCUUGGGGCACUGGGACCCCCGCAAGCAGGGCUGGCACUGGAGCCACUCUCCAGGGCAGAAGGCCAGCAUGGGCAGGGUCCUUGCUCUGUGAGGAUGUCUGCCUACAGGAAAGGGAGCUGGAGGUGAUGCAUGAGUGCCUGCUGCUCCUGCCCCUGCACAGCUCCCUGCCACCGCAGUGUGCGCUCUGCUCUGCUGAGCCAGCAACAGCACUGCACCCCCUCCUCUGGGAAGCAAUAAUGCUGCUGGCAGGGUUGCUCCUGAGCAGGCAGGCAAAAAAAGCUCUUCUCAGGCUCUCACCCUGCAGCAAUGCCCACUGCUAGCAUAAGAUGAUUUUAUUUCUUCCAAGCAGCAGCUUUUGUGGCACAAGCUCACAUGACAUCAGGGCUGUGGCCCACCCCUGUGAAGAAGGCACAAGGCCAAGAACAGCACUGGGGGUAUUGUGCACUUGCUCCUUCCUUGUUACCACCACUGCCAGCAGCCCCUCAGCAGUAGGAGCCGAACAGGGCCACAGUGGGUGACUCUGCCACUGGUACUUCACUGGGAUCCUGCAGGCAGUGGUGCUGCCAGGCCCCAAUCCCAGGGAGGCAGAGAAGCAGGCUGCCAUUGCUGUCCCACUGACAGGCUCACACUGUCCUCGCUGUGAGGGGAGGGUGUUUUGGUGCAAUAAUUACCCCUGCACUAUGGGAAGCCCCAUUCAGUUCCUUUUUACCUAUUGUUGCAUGUACAGACCAGAUCACCAACAGUGUGGUUGCGCUUUGGGGAGACACUUCAAUUUUUCUUUCCAGCCCCCCUCAGACCGCUUGUCCUUUGGGUUACACCACCUCUGUUCCAAGUGCCACCUGCCCUCCCAGCGCCGGGAGCGUGUCGAUGCAGUAUUCCACGAGCAGUGUGGGGCACGCACAGCUUGCACUCGAACUGGGGAUUGUUUAUUUUGUAAUAAAUGUACUUGAAGGCUUUCCGAGCCCCCCGUGGAGUUGUACUGUUGCUGUACUGUGAGCUAAGUGUCCUUGUUUUCUAUGUGGAUCUUGACCCUGGCUUGCUCUGUCUCACUGGACUGGAUGACACUGUAUGUUGCCUCUUCUCUCCUUCACCUUUUCCCUCCCUGCUAGCCUCCCUUCUCCCAAAGCUUUGGGUGCAAAACAGCUUCCCAUUUUGUGGAAUUUUUAUGUAGAAUAAACAUUUGUAACUGUAA